ACGGCGGCAGGCAGCCCUUCUGUCGCCCCCUAGAUUGCGCGCAGUCGCAAUACAAGUCUGUUCCAACGGCCGCUGAGCGCUGCUGUCUGGCGAGAGUGUGGGGGGAAUAAACUAACAACAAAAAUAAUAACAAAGUGACGCAUCAAGAGUCCUCUUGCGCCAUCAUUACCACAGGCUGGGUCGAGCUGCUAAGGGAAAGAGAAGUCGGCCGUAAACAAGGAGGGGCGGCGAAGGAGCAGACAACAGGGAGGGGAACCGGGGUGUCUUUUUUUAUCCAGUGACGCCCGUCCAGACCCCCGUUUUCUGGAUGCUCAAGGAGAACGCUGCGCCACUGGAGCUUCCCAGUCUGCCUUUGUUAUUAGCAGAGAGACGGGGCGGCGCGCUGGCAGCUCCUGUGUGGGCCCGGGAGGGCAGAGCAGCCCCUGAAUCGCACCUCCAUCCGCGGCCUCCUAGCUCACCCCGGAAUUAAGAGAGGUCGGGACUAGGAGUAAGCAAGUGCGUGCCUCCGGCCUAGUCCCACCCAUCUCCUAUGUAUACACACAGCUGUCAUAUAUGUACAGGCAGCUGUCAAGUGCAAGCGGUGUCCAUGAGCCGCCCCCCUCCUUCUCUUUCUCCCAAAGGGGAAAUGUGCGCCCUAUGCUGCCCCGUUUAAGGGGCAACUUCUUCAACUUCCCCACCCUUAUGGAUCAUUUGUUGCCUUAAAGCCGGCAUCUGCUCAUUUGGAAGGCGGUGGAGUUUAUCUGGCGGGGCGGGGGAGCAUAAGUGGCACCCCCACUUGAAGGACCCAGUCUCCUUACCUGGCAGGCGCCUUUCUCCCCCACCUGGCAUUGUGAGGAUUAGGAUAAUCCGCCCCCAGCUCUACAAAUGCCGAGGGAAGCCGUCAUGCAGGCCCCACAGUUUCAGUACGACUUCUUCAGUGAGGAGAACUCCCCCAAAUGGAAGGGUCUGCUGGUUGGUGCCCUGAAAAAGGUUCAAGAGCAAGUCCAUCCCAACCUUUCAUCUGCUGAAGAUGCGCUCCAGUAUGUUGAAGAGUUAAUCCUGCAGCUGCUAAGCAUGCUUUGCCAAGCGCAGCCCCGCAGUGUCCUGGAUGUUGAGGAACGUGUGCAGAAGAGUUUUCCUCACCCCAUUGACAAAUGGGCGAUUGCUGAUGCUCAGUCUGCUAUUGAAAAGAAGAAACGUAGAAAUCCAUUGUCUCUUCCUGUAGAUAAAAUCCAUCCAUUAUUAAAGGAAGUCUUAGGUUAUAAAAUUGAUCAUCAGGUAUCUGUUUACAUAGUUGCAGUAUUAGAAUACAUUUCUGCAGAUAUUUUAAAACUUGCUGGGAAUUACGUUCGGAAUAUAAGGCAUUAUGAAAUUACAAAGCAAGACAUAAAAGUUGCAAUGUGUGUUGAUAAGGUAUUAAUGGAUAUGUUUCAUCAAGAUGAAGAAGACAUGAGUGUACUGUGCUUAGCUGAUGAAGAGCCAUCUACUUUAGGUGAACAAACCUACUAUGACCUUGUCAAGUCUUUUAUGGCAGAGGUUAGACAGUACAUAAGAGAACUGAACCUCAUCAUCAAAGUGUUCCGGGAACCAUUUGUAUCCAGCCCCAAAUUAUUCUCUAGUCAUGAUGUAGAAAAUAUAUUUAGUCGAAUAAUUGAUAUCCAUGAACUUAGUGUGAAACUGUUGGGCCUUAUUGAGGACACUGUGGAAAUGACAGAUGAAGGCAGCCCUCAUCCUUUAGUAGGAAGCUGCUUUGAGGAUCUGGCUGAGGAGCUGGCUUUUGACCCUUAUGAGUCCUAUGCUCAGGAUAUUCUACGACCAGGUUUUCAUGAUCAUUUCCUUGGCCAGCUUUCGAAGCCUGGUGCUGCCCUCUAUCUACAGUCUAUAGGUGAAGGUUUUAAGGAAGCUGUGCAAUAUGUUUUACCUCGGCUACUUCUUGCUCCUGUUUACUACUGCCUGCACUACUUUGAAUUUAUUAAGCAAUUAGAAGAAAAGAGUGAGGAUGAGGAAGAUAAAGAAUGUUUAAAGCAGUCAAUAACUGCUCUACUAAACCUUCAGAGCAGCAUGGAAAGAAUAUGUUCCAAGAGCCUUGCUAAGAGGCGACUCAGUGAAUCUGCAUGUCGAUUUUAUAGUCAGCAAAUGAAGGGGAAACAACUAGCUAUUAAGAAAAUGAAUGAAAUUCAAAAGAACAUUGAUGGAUGGGAGGGAAAAGACAUUGGGCAGUGCUGUAACGAAUUCAUCAUGGAGGGAGCCUUAACACGUGUUGGGGCUAAACACGAAAGACACAUAUUCCUAUUUGAUGGUUUGAUGAUCUGUUGCAAGUCAAAUCAUGGACAGCCAAGACUGCCAGGUGCUAGUAAUGCAGAGUAUCGAUUGAAAGAGAAGUUCUUUAUGCGAAAGGUACAAAUCAACGACAAGGAUGACACUAACGAGUACAGACAUGCUUUUGAGAUUAUCUUAAAAGACGAGAACAGUGUUAUUUUUGCUGCAAAGUCAGCAGAGGAAAAAAAUAACUGGAUGGCUGCCUUAAUAUCCCUGCAGUACCGAAGUACUUUAGAAAGAAUGUUGGAUGUAACUAUGUCACAAGAAGAGAAAGAGGAACAAAUGAGGCUCCCUAGUCCUAAGCUUUACAGGUUUACUGAACCCGAUUCUGAGGAGAAUAUUGUAUUUGAGGAAAAUGUGCAGCCCAAAUCUGGGAUACCCAUCAUCAAAGCUGGGACUGUAGUAAAACUCAUUGAACGACUAACUUAUCACAUGUAUGCAGAUCCCAACUUUGUUCGAACAUUUCUGACAACAUAUAGAUCUUUUUGCAAACCCCAAGAACUUUUAAGCCUUCUUAUAGAAAGGUUUGAGAUUCCAGAUCCUGAACCAAGUGAAGCUGACCGGAUAGCUAUGGAGAAUGGUGAUCAGCCACUUAGCGCAGAGCUGAAAAGAUUUAGAAAGGAAUAUGUACAGCCUGUACAGCUGCGUGUUCUAAAUGUUUGUCGACAUUGGGUAGAACAUCAUUUUUAUGACUUUGAACGAGAUUCAGAUCUUUUAAUCCGACUAGAAGAAUUCAUUGGAACAGUUAGAGGCAAAGCAAUGAAAAAAUGGGUAGAAUCAAUAACUAAAAUAAUUAAUCGAAAGAAGCAGGUGCAAGCUAAUGGACCGAGCCACAGUAUAACCUUUGAAAGUUUACCACCUGCCGUAGAAUGGCACAUUAGCAGGAGUGGUCAAAUAGAAACCUUUGACUUGCUUACUUUGCAUCCAAUAGAGAUUGCUCGGCAGUUGACUUUGUUGGAGUCAGACCUUUACAGGGCUGUGCAGUCAUCAGAGCUUGUUGGAAGUGUAUGGACUAAGGAAGACAAAGAAACCAACUCCCCCAAUCUCCUUAAGAUGAUCAGACACACAACUAAUCUCACCCUCUGGUUUGAAAAGUGCAUUGUAGAAACUGAAAAUCUGGAAGAGCGAGUGGUUGUGGUUAGUCGCAUCAUAGAAAUUCUCCAAGUGUUUCAAGAGCUUAAUAAUUUUAAUGGUGUACUUGAAGUUGUGAGUGCCAUGAACUCUUCUCCUAUAUACAGGCUGGAUAACACCUUUGAGCAAGUACCAAGCCGUCAGAGAAAAAUAUUGGAAGAAGCUCAUGAACUGAGUGAAGAUCACCAAAAGAAAUAUUUGGCGAAACUCAGGUCAAUUAAUCCACCGUGUGUGCCUUUUUGUGGAAUCUAUUUGACAAAUAUUUUAAAGACAGAAGAAGGCAACCCCGAUUUUCUUAAGAGGCAUGGGAAAGAACUUGUGAAUUUUAGCAAAAGGAGGAAAGUGGCUGAAAUCACUGGGGAAAUACAGCAGUACCAGAAUCAGCCUUAUUGCUUAGACGUAGAACCAGAUAUACGAAAAUUUUUUGAGAAUUUAAAUCCAAUGGGAAAUACCCCAGAGAAAGAAUUUGAGGAUUACUUGUUUAAGAAGUCCUUGGAUAUUGAGCCACGCAAUGCAAAGACUCUGCCAAGAUUUGCUAAAAAGUAUAAUUAUAAUCUUAAAUCUCCUGGGGUACGCCCAUCCAAUCCAAGGCCAGGUACAAUGAAGCACCCUACUCCUCUGCAACAAGAACCCAGGAAAAUCAGCUACAGUCGCAUACCAGAGAGUGAAACAGAAAAUUUAGCAUCUGCUCCAAACUCUCCUCGGACUCCUUUAACACCACCUCCUCCAUCUGCUGCCUCUAGUACCACUGACGUGUGCAGUGUGUUUGAUUCAGAUCCUUCAAGUCCAUUUCAUUCACGCUCAGCUUCAGUAUCAUCAAUAAGUUUUACUAAGAACCUGGAUGAAAUGCAGGUUCCUCCUCCUGUACCACCAAGGCGAAGACCUGAAUCUGCUCCCGCAGAAUCAUCUCCAUCAAAGAUAAUAUCAAAGCAUUUGGACAGCCCUCCAGCAAUCCCUCCCCGUCAGCCUACAUCAAAAGUAUACUCCCCACGGUACCAAAUGUCUGAACGUUCAUCAGUUUCUGAUGCACCAGAGAGCCCUCCACUUUUACCACCACGAGAACCAGUACGUACACCAGAUGUCUUCUCCAUUUCUCCACUACAUCUCCAGCCUCCCCCACUUGGUCGGAAAAGUGAACAUACCAACACCUUCUUUCCAUACAGCCCUUCGCCUUUUACCCCACCUCCACCACAGACUCCAUCCCCUCAUGGGACAAGAAGACACCUGCCCUCCCCACCCUUAAUACCGCAAGAUGUAGAACUAGCGUCUUCUACUGGACCACCUGUCCCACCUCGACAAAGCACUUCUCAACCUAUCCCAAAGCUCCCUCCAAAAACUUACAAAAGAGAGCCCCCUCAUCCUUCUAUUCACAGAGAUGGUCCUCCACUAUUGGAAAAUGCAAACUCCUUGUAAUACAAAUAGUGUAUUCUAAACUCUAAAAACUUUUCCUUUAGUUGGAAAGCAAACAUUCAUGAAAGGAAUUGAGAUUGCAAUUAAUUGAAACCGAUUAAACAAAAAAGGGACAACUUGUCUUAUUCCUUUCUUAUGGGCUGAAUAUUGCACCACAGAAUAUGACUCUUGGUCUGACAGGAGUAAGUCAGAUGCAAAUAAAUAUGUGAAUAAUCACCUAGGUUCUACAGAUAAUAUCCUCCACUGGCUUGGCCUCAGGCAAAGCAGGAAGGCUCGGGUCCCUUCUUAGACUAUGUAAAUAUGGAAUGUCCAAGCUGCGGCUCUACAGCUGUUAUAACUACAGUGUAGCUUAUCAACUGUAGAGCUGCAAGCUUCAGUUUUAUGGGGUAAAUAUAAAAUAUCCAUCCAAUAUUACACAGCAUAAUAAUAAGUAAACUGUACUUUUAUUAAGGACAGUUUACUUUCAGGAGGCCUUUGUGAACCUUGAGGUCUAAGGAGAGUGCCCUUUUCUGUCUUAAAUCACCGGCCAUAUAUAUAUAUAUAUAUAUAUAUAUAUAUAUAUAUAUAUAUAUAUAUAUAUAUAUAUAUAUAUAUAUAUAUAUAUAUAUAUAUAUAUAUAUAUAUAUAUAUAUAUAUAUAUAUAUAUAUAUAUAUAUAUAUAUAUAUACAGGGAUGUUUGUAUGCUGCUUCAAAUCUGUUUUGCGCUUUAAGCAUCUGCUUUAAAAUUGUUUUCUAAAAUCACGAGGACUGUGCGAGACUUGUGGUACCUAACACAACUGAAGUAUAGUGUUGUAUUACUGUUCAGUUAACAAAAUGUUACAAGAAGUUACUCUGUUGGUACCUGCUUCACCAAAGGGGUACUCUUGUUUUCUUCCCCCAGUUUUUUUUUAAUAGAGAAAUGAUCAUGGUGCCAGUUAAAAAACAAAAAACAAUUUUGCUGGAAAGAAUGUGUAAUCUUUGCCUUCUUUAAACAAGGGAAAUCGUGUUAUUAAAGCAGUAGCUAUGCUAUGUCUGAUAUUUUUGUUUUGCACAUCACAAUGUGUGUUUUGUCUCAACUACAUCAUGGUCAUCCUGAUUUAGCCCAUUUGUGACCACAUGCCUUAUGUACAAGAUGGAAAUUAAAGUGCAUAUUUUGCACUCUGCCAAAUGGGUUUAUCUGCUUUUAGCACUUUCCAAUAGUAUCUCUCAGUAAAUUCAGAACACUAAUAUAACAAUAUGAGUGACCCUUUGCACACAUUUCUACAAAGAUUUCUGUAUUUUUUUUUUAUUUUUUUUUGCUGAUGAACACAAGGUAAAUGUCUGCAACAUAUUUUAUGUAGAAUGGUUAAAAGCAGAGAAUGCUGACUUCUGUCAUUAAAGAUACAUGGGAUGGUGCCUUCAGAAAUUCUGGGCAUAUUGUUUACAACAGUUCUGCAUUUGUUUAACCACAAAGCAGUCCAAAGUUGAAUAAAGCAUUUCUUUAUACUAGGCAUAACAAAUAAAUAAACCUUGGGUUUAAUUAAG